AGAGCUAUCUUUCCCUCGUUUCACCGACGACGUUGUCGGCGAGUCUCCGGCGAGAGGAUAAUUUGUAGAAUUCUUUCUAAACAAGAUGGAAGGACAAGAUAUAGCUAAUAUAGUGGUCAUAUGGAGGGGUAGACAGCUGAAUGUGGAGGUCAAUGCUGACUCUAAAGUUAAAGAUUUCGGUCUGAUGCUACAGAAGCUGACUGACAUAAAAGCUGAUACUCUGCGUCUUCUUGUUCCACAAUCGAAGGCUUCAAAAAUGAUUAUUCCUUUCUCUGAUAGCCAUUCAAAUUUAACCUUGCGCGAGGUUUCUAUUCUGGAGGGUAAACCCAUAAGAAUGAUGGGUGUGUUUGACAAUGAAAUUGAGGAGGUAUCACAAAAUAGUUCAAAUCCUGAUUUGAGAAUAGCUGGUUUUGAUGAGGAGGAGAAGCGAAUGAGACAACGAAUGGGUAGACCUGUAGUUUCUCUGAAAUUGCCCACAGGGCCUUACAUCUUUGGCAAUUUCCAGACACUUGAUAUCCCAGGGAUUGAGCUGAAUCCACCACCUUUAGAAGCAUUGAAAAGAAUGCACAUGCUUGCCUGUGAUCCGGGAAUUAUCGCUAUCAUGAACAAGCAUCGUUGGAGGGUGGGAAUUAUGACGGAAAUGGCACCUGAAGGAUAUGUUGGCAUCAGCCCUAAAUGUAUUCUUGGGUUCAACAAGAAUCAUGGGGAGGAGAUAUCCUUGCGUCUUCGGACAGAUGAUCUUAAGGGAUUCAGGAAAUAUGACAACAUUAAGAAGACUCUCUUGCAUGAACUCGCUCACAUGGUGUACUCUGAACAUGAUGCCAACUUUUAUGCUCUGGAUAAACAGUUAAACCGAGAAGCAGAAAGCUUGGAUUGGACAAAAUCAAAAGGCCAUACUUUGAGUCGUCGGAAGGUCUCAGAUUACUAUGAAGACGAUAUUGCUUAUGAAACAGUGACAGGUUAUGAAGGUCAGAAACUUGGGGGAAGCUCAAAUGCUCUAGCCACUGCUCGUGCUUCCUCCGUUGCUGCUGCUUACUACCGUUCCUUGAAAGCUUCUACAAAUCUAAUUACCACAGAAGACAAUCAUGCAACUGAACCUGAUCCUGAUGACAAUGAGCUGAGAAUUGAUCAGGAAAAGAUAUAUGCCGAGCCUGACCCUGAUGACAUAGUGGAUAUCAGGGAAGACAGAACACAUAUCAGCAUCAUAAGAGAAUCAGAUGUGAACGAUGAACCUGAUCCUGAUGAUUGCUUGGACCAUGAAAACACACAGGAACAUUGUCAGACGAUCAGCAAACCCGACCCUGAUGAUUCAUUAAUUGUUGAACCAGAUCCAGAUGAUUCCAUUCCUAAUGGCACUGAUUUAAAUCACAAAGUCAUUCUUGAGUCUGCUACUGAUGAGGCUGAAGCUAGUAUACUAAUUGACAAUGGUUCACCAAUUAAACAUGUGCUUCCUGGAAGGAACUGCGAUGAACCAGAUCCUGAUGACUCUCUGAAAAGCGAUACUUUAAUGGACGGUAAACAGAUGGAAAUAGAUGAGCCUGAUCCUGAUGACAGUACAAUCACUUUGGAUAAUGAAGAACUAAGAAUAAUUGAAGAACCAGUAGCUGCUAUAUGUGCACGUCUCCAGAAAGCUAUAGCGUGGUUAAGGUCUGAAGCACCUCCGGCAGAGGCAGCAUCUGUCCUUCAGACCCUAUCAAAAAUUAUCAGGAAUGUGAUUGAUCAUCCAGAUAAUAUGAAAUUCAGAAGACUGCGGAAGUCCAAUCCUAUGUUUCAAAGGAAUGUUGCAAAUUACAAAGCGGCGAUGGAGGUUCUUGCAUUGAUUGGUUUUGCCGAGGAUAUUAUAUCCGACGAGGUUGGGAGAGCGGAAGCUUACUUAGUGUUGAAGAGGAAUGAUCCCGGAUUGCUGUGGCUCGCCAAAUCUUCGUUAGAGAUCUCCAUUGCUUAAUGCAUGGCUUAAUCGAGUAUCGCAUUUGAUGCUAAAACAUUUGUGAUUGCUUGUAUAGAACAAAUUGAAUGUAUUAUAUAUACUAUAUUAUUAUAAUUAAAAGUCACUGGGAUGUUUGUUUGAUGUGAAAAAAAA